AAUUACAUCAGCACAAAAUGGCUGCGCCCAUGAAUAGCAAACCUUGGGUCAUUUUAAAUAGUAUUUUUCGGAACAAAAACACCCGAAACAACGGCUUGUGGUACAGAAUUGGCUCUAAAGGCUCAAGACGUCACUCGACACAAGAAAAUCCUUUGCAUUAUUGCGCGAAUUUAGUGAAAAAAUGUGAUUAUGAAGGGUUUCUAUGCACUCUGUUGUAUGAGAAGAAGUAUCGACCAGCAGCCUAUGCAUUGAGAGCUUUCUACAUAGAACUAGCACAGGUGCAAGACGUGACCUCAGACAGGAUGCGGGCUUAUAUGAGAUUCCAGUUCUGGAAAGACGCCAUUGAUAAAACAUUUAAGGGAAAACCUCCACAGACCCCAAUUACAGAAGAGGUAGCAAAGCUGAUCGAGAAGCACAACGUCUCGAAGAUGUGGUUCACAAGAAUUAUAGAUGAAAGGGUUCGGCAAGUGGAGACAGACAUGUUCAGAACCCUGAAGGAGGUCGAGGACGCAGCAGAAAACACCGUCUCCUCUCUCAAUUACCUCCUCCUCCAAUCUGCAGGAGUUGCAGAUUUAAAUGCUGACCAUGCUGCCAGCCACUUGGGUCGUUGCCAGGGCCUGGUUACGUUACUUAGGGCAACACAUUACCAUGCCUCCCGCAAUAAAGUUUACAUACCGACAGAACUUCUUUUAAAGCACAAUGUGUCACAAGAGCAGAUAUAUCGGCAGUCAAAUGAGGAUAACGUGCAAGACUUGAUCUACGAUAUCGCCAGCCAGGCUCAUAUACACUUGCAAACUGCUAGAUCGUUUAAAGACAAAGUCCCUAGAGUUGCAUUUCAGUUCUUUCUUCAGUCAGCAAUCUGUGAUAAAUACCUACGUGAGCUACAGCGGGCCCAUUUUAAUGUGUUUGACAGUCGGCUCUACCUUCCCCCUCGACAACAGAGGCUACCCUGGGAACUGUUCAAGCAAAAAUAUUUCAAACGAUCUUAUUAAACAUUAUAUUUAUAUAUUUAUUAUUUGUUAUAAGUACAUACUUCAGAUAGCUUAGAGAGUAUUAAGGAAAAAAUCUACUUAGAGACAGUGUUUAGUAUUUAAAAACAACAAAAAGGUUUUAAAAUGCUCCAUGUUAAUGUAUUCAUGCCUUCGUGGACCACAGUAGUUGUUGUGUUGCACGAGUAUGUUGUGCUUUCUGUUGUGAACAAAAAAAAACAUGGAUGUGUAGAAGUGUUUUGAUAUUAAAAAUGCUAUUUUAAGAACAGUAAUUGUCGUAUCAUGUAAUGAUAACUGUUAGAAGUCCAUUUGUUUUACUAUGUUUCAAAAAAAGUAUGUACCAUUUCCAAGAAAACUGUAAGAUAUGGAUUGUUUGACAUGCUGGUCAUUUUCAUAUUCAGUAUGAGAUUGUAGUUGUUUUAUAUUCUGUUAAGAAUAAAACUUCAAAAACCUU